GUUCUCGCCCCUCGGCGAGGCCCCUCCCCCACCAACCCCGUUCUCGCCCCUCGGCAGGGCCUCUCCGCACCACAGAGACGUGGGACGGCCUCGCGGACUAGAUAAGCGGCCCUCGUAGGCCCGCCAAAGCCCCGCCCCGCCCGCGUGCUCGCUCCACCCCUCCCCGCGCGCCCGGAGCCCCAGGCGCCGCUUCCUCUCGCGCUCGGGGCGUCGGCCCUCCGCUCGGGGGCGGGGCGGGAAGCGGCGGUGGGCGGAGCCUCCGGGGCCUCGCGAGGGCUAGUGGGCGGUGCCCGGCGGGCGCUUCCGGUUUCCGGCCGCGGGAUGAGGGGCGGGGCCGGGGCUGCUGUGGGAGAGUUCGGCUGCUGCGGCGGGGCCUGCACGCUGACUGUGGGAAACUCGGAAACAAGCUCACAUCUCCCUGUGGGAAACCUUCUAGCAGCAGGAUGAGUCUGCAGUGGACUGCAGUUGCCACCUUCCUCUAUGCGGAGGUCUUUGUUGUGUUGCUUCUCUGCAUUCCCUUCAUUUCUCCUAAAAGAUGGCAGAAGAUUUUCAAGUCCCGGCUGGUGGAGUUGGUAGUGUCCUAUGGCAACACCUUCUUUGUGGUUCUCAUUGUCAUCCUUGUGCUGUUGGUCAUCGAUGCCGUGCGCGAAAUUCGGAAGUAUGAUGAUGUGACCGAAAAGGUGAACCUCCAGAACAAUCCUGGGGCCAUGGAACACUUCCACAUGAAGCUUUUCCGUGCCCAGAGGAAUCUCUACAUUGCUGGCUUUUCCUUGCUGCUGUCCUUCCUGCUUAGACGCCUGGUGACUCUCAUCUCGCAGCAGGCCACACUGCUGGCCUCUAAUGAAGCCUUUAAAAAGCAGGCAGAGAGUGCUAGUGAGGCGGCCAAGAAGUACAUGGAGGAGAAUGACCAGCUCAAGAAGGGAGCUGCUGUUGACGGAGGCAAGUUGGAUGUCGGGAAUGCUGAGGUGAAGUUGGAGGCAGAGAACAGGAGCCUGAAGGCUGACCUGCAGAAGCUAAAUGAUGAGCUGGCCAGCACUAAGCAAAAAUUAGAGAAAGCUGAAAACCAGGUUCUGGCCAUGCGGAAGCAGUCUGAGGGCCUCACCAAGGAGUACGACCGCCUGCUGGAGGAACACGCAAAGCUGCAGGCUGCAGUAGAUGGUCCCAUGGACAAGAAGGAAGAGUAAGGGCCUCCUUCCUCCCCUGCCUGCAGCUGGCUUCCACCUGGCACGUGCCUGCUGCUUCCUGAGAGCCCAGCCUCUUCCUCCAGUACUUCUGUUUGUGCCCUUCUGCUUCCCCCAUUCCCUUCCACAGCUCAUAGCUCGUCAUCUCGGCCCGUCCACACUCUCCCAGCACAUUACAGGGGACCUGAUUGCUACACAUUCAGAAUGCAUUUGCUGUCAUCCUGUUUGGCUUGGCCUGGCCAGGCCUGGCGCAGCCCUGGCUUCCACGCCUGAGCGUGGAGGGCACGAGUUAGUUGUAGUCUGGCUUGCGGUGGGGCUGACUUCCUGUUGGGUUGAGCCCUUUUAGUUUUGCCCUCUGGGUGUUUUCUUUGGUCCCGCAGGAGGGUGGGUGGAGCAGGUGGACUGGAGUUUCUCUUGAGGGCAAUAAAUGUUGUCAUGGUGUGUA